GAAGUUUCUCUCCGUUGCUGCUGCUGCUGCUGCUGGGUACGACCGAGCCUGUACGGCUUUCGCCUCUCCUCCUCUCUCUGCUCGCUUUGCGGCGAUCUCUGUUCUGCAGCUGACUUCUUCCGCCCUGCACCGGCUUCAUCGUCUGAGCUGAAGGAGGUUGAAAUUUGAGGAGAAUGGGGCGGAAAGCUGGUGGGAUUUACAUCAACCCGAAAAAGUUUGGUUCCCUCUCGAAACCUUGUAUGAAGGAGAUGACAUCGUUCCUUAAUUGCCUGGCACUCAACCGGAAUGAUGAUGAUAAAUGCGUUCGGCAGAAGGACCUCUUGAAUGCCUGCAUGGAUGCUCAGUCGGGCAACAACCGAAAGGCAUGGGGGAGCAUCAAUUAUCACCUGCAGAGGCUUAGCCGGGGAAGAAAGUAGAGCUUUACAUGCUUCUGUAGAGGAGAGACUAAUGGCAAUCUUCAGUCUGUAUCUCUUUGGAUAAGGCAAGGGGCUUUUGUAGGAGAUAAUUUUCCAAGUAAAAGAAGAAAGUAUUUUGGUCGAAUUAUUUUCCAUCCGAUGUUUCAUCAUUCUUGUAUUACACAACCUCGAGCUUGGAAGUUUUGAACCACAUAUUGAAACCUCUUGUAGUUUGUUUUGACAUUGAUUGUUUCUUUUAGAUCGGAAAUUUUCAUGACUGACAUAAAUGGGUUGGUGUACAAGUUCAUAAUGAAGGUGCUUGAGUGACAGGUGACAGCUUAUUAA